GUAUACGAAGAGAGGAUGAAUAAAAAAAAAUAGAUGAAUUCCGAAGAAGGCGCGCACGGACAUUGUGCCUGGUCGCGGUAUAAAACCGGUGGAAGGACGGGUCCGUUUUUUACAAGUGCCACAAUACCUGAGCAGUGCACACUUACUUCUUACUCUCAAGGGGGCAACUUUCUCAAGAGAAGAACAUCACUAGAAGCAGCCCCCUUCUUCUCACCACCACUCACCGAAGAAGAAGAAGUAGUAGUAGUGGUGCUGAUAUCUCUGCCACUUCUUCAGUCAACAUCUCACAGUGUUACUGUGCCUCCUCAUCAAUAGUGAGAAUAGAAAGCGCGAGAUGAACAACUACUGAUGUGCAUUUAAGAAAGAAUCUUUUCUCUCUACUUAUUUAUAUAUUUUUUUUUCAAUCAACAAAUUGAGACAGUAAAAAGCAAUUAGAGUGUGACAUUUAGUGAUCGAGUGUUAAAAGGAUCUGAAAAAAUGUGGAUUAAGUUCAUAGCAGUCUUUUCGCUUUUAUUGGCCGCGAUUCUUGCGGCCGAAGAUGGGUCCAAUAAGAAGAAGCAAGAGGUCAGGGGAAAGCGGAAUUUGGAAUACAGCAUCACGCACCCCUAUCCGAAGAAUAACCACAAUAACAACUUCAGACUCGAGAGGAGGAUCUCCAAUAUACCGCCGCAAAGAUAUCCGACGUUCUUCCCGGGAAACAGACCUUACAGUUUCUACAGAAAGAACAAGCCUUAUGCACUUCCACCUUACGCCGUGCAAAUGGAACCUUUAGUCCAUUAUUCCCAGAGAGAUCCUUUGUAUGAUCCAAGCCACCUGCAUCCCUUGCCACAACCGCACAACGAGCUUACCAAGCACGAUGACCUGGUAGGUGAUAACAACCAUGUGAACCCGCAUGUCUAUGGUCUCAAGCAUAUUGUCGAGAGGCCCGUUUAUAUCAAGGAACCCGAGCCAAUCAUUGAAAUCAUCAUUAAGGAAGCGAACACCACUGCAUCGCCUGUCCAGGCUAUAACACCACCACUUAAAAAGAAGAAAGAGGAAGUCCAAGUGUUCUACGUGAAAUACAAGAAAAAUCCGCAUGGAAGUGGAAAGGACAGUGUAAUCUACGAAAAACCGGUUGCGGCAAUUUCACCAAUUCAAGAGGAACCCGUACAAGAGGAGCCUCCGCAGUAUGAGCCUCCGGUAACAUACGCUCCACCAUUAACAACCACCAUCAGAGCAAUUAUAAAACCAGAUUCUGAAACUUUCCAUGCCGAUACAGGAAUACAUGUAACUUUCGGUGGAUCCAAACAUUCACAUCACCAGGAAAAAUAUCCUCACGACGACGAUAUUGUCGAAUCUGCUCCACAACCUGCUAUUUCUCUCCCGCAGGGUAGGAGAUUCCCCGAUAGUCAUCAAUCUGCAUUCCAAGAGUACAGAAGCGAACAGCGCUUACCACAACCUUACGUGCCUUUCAACUUUAACCAACCUAAAUUCACAAGUCCGUCCAACUUCCAAAAUCACCAAUCUUCGUUCCAAAAUCAUCAACCAGCGCCAACUGUACACCAUCAACCGGCGGCACCCGGCUACGUCAAUCACCAAGCUCAAUCGAGUUUCACAAAUCAGCAAUCAACUUUCCCAUCACACCCAGCUCCUCCGCAAUACAAUCAACAGCGUCAACAUCAAUCGUUCCAAUUACCUCGCACACAAACUCAUUUCCCCGUUAAUCCACAACUGCCGUUGAAUCAAAGCCCACAAAACUUCAAUCAAAAUAAAUUCAAUUCAUUCCCCCCGCAACAACAAAAGCAGUUCAGCACAAGGCCUCAGUUCCCACAACAAAGUCAAAUUCAACAACAACCCAAGCAAAUUAACUAUCAACAACAACAACAACCGCAGCCUCAAAAACCAUUCGUUCAACAACAACAACAACAGCAGCAACAACCAAAACCAGUUGUUCAACAGUCACAAUACCAACAGAGUCAAAGACCGCAAGCUCAAGCUCUGGUUUCUCAACAGAAUCAGUUCCAACGGUAUAAUUUUAAUCAGCAGAACCAACAACAGCAAAGUCAACAUUUGGUUCAGCAAAAUCAACAAUUCGUUCAGCAUAAUCAACAGAACCAGCAUUUGGUGCAACAAAAUCAACAUUUGAAUAAUCAAAACCAACACAUUAACAAACAGAACGUUCAUAUACAAAAUCAGCAUGCGCAAAAUCAGAAUCAACAAAAUCAGCAUGCACAGAAUAUUCCGAAUUUCCCUCCAGGCGGUGAACUGAUCCAAGCACUUCCAAAAUACGAACAGCAUAUAUCCAUUCCACCAGCAAAUCAACCAAAUCAUCUGACACCAGAGCAAUACUCGCAACAGAUCAAGCAACAAUUCACCAAUAUUCCUCAAUCACCUCAAAUUAACAUCCAGCAUCAGAAUUUUGCUUCAUCCUACCAACAAAUCUCGACGAACCAACCUAUUUCUAAUCCACAACAAUCAGUUUACACGACAACUCAAAGACCUACAACAUACCAAACAACUAAAAAUUAUUAUUACUCGACCUCGACCGCACCAACAACGACCACGACUACUACAACUGCAAAACCUGAAUCAACAACUAUCGAUUUGAAAUCACUGAACAUCCAAUUGCCUGAUGAAGUUCCUGAUGAUCUUCGUGAACAAUUGCUCUCUUCUGGAAUUUUAAAGAACGCUCAUAUAUCUGUUUUGGAUUAUGACAAGGUCGGCGAUAUCCCAAUUUCCGCGUUACCACCAGAUCAGUUGGCCAACUUUUACAAUGCCGGCGGUGAAAAACAGCUGGCUGGAAGUGAACCAAAACCUGUAAUCGUUAAGCCUGAUGGUGAACCUGUGGAAGAUGACCAAGAACCGGAAGCGUCUGAAACUGAAGAGGUGAAAGCGAAAGCACCGGUCGAGAUGAAAGUGGUGCACUAUGACCCGCAAACCGAACAAGGUCAAAAAAUUCACGACUCUUACGUAAAAGAAGGAUCCACGCAAUUGGAGCCGGUCGUGCUCAACGACCAGACAUACAAUCGUUAUCUUCCGCUCAAAGUGAGUGGCGCCCAAUUUCCCAUUCCCGACGUUCCAGAGUUGAAAGGCAAAAAUAUAAACAGUGUCGUUGUAUUAGCUCCGAUCGAUUACGAAUUCGCCAAAAGCAAACGGGACGUAAGUCAGGUAAAUGAUGAGAUUAAGUUUGUGAGAAAUCAAGCUUUAAAGGAUUUGCUGAAAAAUCCAACUGCCGACAACUACAAGACUUUCCUGGAGAAAGAAAACAAGACCACCAGCGACAAGCAAGCCGUCAUCCUAUUAGUCACCGGAUCGGAUGCUAAAGAUAGAGAGAUCUUCAUGUUUGACGUGGGAACUCAGACGGUUAGCAAAUUGGACGGAGAGUUGUCCUCGGCGUUUGUGGACGCCGCAGAAUCAAAUACCGAUGAAAAAAAAGAAGAGGAGGCUGCUUCAAAUCGUGUCGAAACAAAAGUCCCGGUACCAGAAGGAAUCGACAGAAGAGAUUACGGUGAUGACGUCGAAUUAGACGAGGCGGCUUCCGAGCUCAUAGAAAGCAAAGUUCCCAUCAUCGAUCCGAUGCAGACCGAUCUUGAGGCGGAGGGCAGUGAACAAUUGGAGAGCUUCGUCGACAUUUCCGGCAUGCAAGUCAGUGAAGAUUUAACGCCCUCAGCAAGCAGCUACGUUGCUAUCAGUUCCGGCUACAGUAAGACUGAGUAUCAAAUGCCAUCGUCGCAUUAAAAACAAAAUUGAAAGCAGAACUUUAAAAUGUCGAAGGUUAGGUCACUUAUUGAGUGAAAGUCUCUUUCUCUCCGCGCAUUCUUCUAUUUCCCCUACAUUUUUUUUUGUACAUACAUACAUACAAUCAUACAUGCAGAUGACAUCAAUUUUUAUCGACUUUAUACAAUAAAUAUCAUGCGGCGAAUUUGAAAUCUACUCUUUUCUCUUUCUACAUGGGUACUUGAAAUAGGAUUUAUUUUACAAUUAUGAUUUUUACACUUAUAUAUUUUACUUUACGCUUCCCUGUGGGUUUGCUUCUUUUUCUUUAUUCUAGACAUAACGUGUGUAGGUUUCAAAAUUUGCCAUUCGCUCAAACCACGAGUAGAAUUUUAUUAUUUUUAUCAUUUAUUAUUUAAUUGAAUUGGA